AAAAAAACGUAGUAAUAAAUAACAUAACCUGUACAAAAAUAGUAAAUAUUUUUAUUUUAAUUUAUUUUCUGAUUUCCCCAUGAAGUGGAAAUGAAAUAAAAGCCACAGAAAUAAUUUUAUAUCUAAAUGGAUAAAGAAAAAUCGUGCAGCGCUUGUAAAGCAACAUCUGUGUGUUGUUUUUGUGGUAUUGGGACUUAUUUAAUACUAGUGGGAAGAACUUAUCCUACAAAAUCGAAAAUAUUCAUAAAUUUACUAGGAUUAGGUAGUUUUGCAUUGGGGAUAAGAGGAAUGUACGACUUAUUACCAUUAAAGAACGAUACUGAAAAUAAUCGUCAGUUAUAAAUUUAUUACAUAUACAUACA